AUGUCCCGACGCGACGUCGACGAAGCCGCCCUGCUCAAGCUAUAUGGUAUAGCGUCUGUAUAUCCCGACCAAUGGGAGUCUAUCGACCACGAACAGGAAGGACCUCUCGCGGGCGCUGGGGGGCUGGGGGAUGAUGGCCGAAAUGCUGGGGAGGUCAAUGAUCCUCUUGGUCUCAGAGGCAAACUCAGUGGGACGAUGGACCUAGACCUCAAGACCCGUGCCGCAACCUCCCUCUCUUCCAAAUCAUUCGACCCCAAAGUCUUUCUCUCGGCCCACCACCCGGACGCUUCGUAUCAAGACUUGAGAAGAGGGAUAUCGAAUCUGGAGCGGGCGAUAGAGAGUCGGUCAGAAGCUGUGAGGAUAUUGGUGGAGGACAACUUUGAUCGCUUUGUGGCCGUCAAGGCUAGUAGUGAAGUGGUGUAUAGGGAUAUGAAGGAAGGAUUUUUAGCGGACGAUACGGACCACGGCACAAGAGAACUACGCGAGAUAUUCAAAGUCGCCGCCCACCGCGCCGACCAAGUCUUCCUCCCCGUCCUCGAAAACGCCGUCAAAGCCUCCAAACUCCGCUCCACCCUCGCCGUAUUCGAAAAAUCCAAAUUCCUCUUCACCCUCCCCGGCCAACUCUUAACCUCCAUCCAAGCCAACCAAUACGACCAGGCCCUGCGCGAUUACAAAAAAGGUCUGUAUUUGCAUGAAUCGAGGAGCGGGGGAGGGGGUGGGGUUAUACCGGGGGUGAAUGCCAGCAGGGAGCAGCAGAAGAGGGUGUUUGAGAAGGUUUGGGGGAGUGUGGAGGGGAUUAUGGGGGAGAUGAGGAAUAAGCUGAAUGCUCAACUCAAGGAUGUGACGAGGGGGGUGGAAGAACAGGAACGGACAAUCGAGAUCUUGAUCGAGCUGGAUCAGAGCGAUGAAGCGGCGUGGACGUAUCUCGAGUACCAACAUGCGCAUAUCCUUCGGUCCAUGAAGGCCAUCUUUAACAAACACCAGGAGAAAGCCCGAGCAGCGGAACGCGCUUGUGCGAACCAGAAUGUUGCUCCUGGUGCAUACCUGGUGCUCUUGAGGCGACAGCUCGCUACGCCCGAGUACCAACCCGAUCCCUUAUCCCCAACCCCCACAGACACCGCCUGGCUCGCCAUCCACCACCUCAGCAAAGACCUCUCUUCCCACGUCUCCAAAUCCUUCUCCGCCUUCUGGCGUAUCGGCAAAUCCUGCAUCCAAGGCCGCUACUCCAAACGCGAAUCCUCCGGCGGCAGCACCAUCCCCCCGUCGAACAGACCGGCGUCGGUGUGUAGGACGAUGGCGUUGGAGAUUAUGAAGUUGUAUGUGGGGCUGGUGUCGGGGUUUUUUAGGUUGUCGGAUGGGGGGGUGGCGGAGAGUGGGUUUGCGAAUGCUUCCGCCGCUAGAGCUAGAGCGGGAGAUGGGCUGCCGCCGGCGUCCCCGUCGACGGGGUGGGUACCACAAGGAAGUACGUCUGUGCUAGUGGGGUACUUCACCGAGAAGCUGGUGGACGAAAUCGCCGACUGCGCCGGCGAGCUCGGGGCUUAUGACGUGGGGAAUAAUGAAGUAAGCUUGAUGAAAGGCCUGGUGGACAGUAUGAAAUGGAAGAUGGAAGAAGUCCUCGCCACGUCUUGGGCUAAAGACGCCAAGCUCCUGCACGGGCUCGAAGACUGGUCCUCUCCUUCUGUCUCUUCCAACAAGGGCUCGAUCAGGUAUUUGGCGGUGGUUGAGAGUUAUCAACUGAGGAUGACGACCGCGGCAAAGAGGGUGGCGGCGAAUACGAGGAAUGGGGGUGGGCGGGAUGAGAAGGAGGGGUUGGGUGGAGGAUUUAAGAGGCGGAUAAGGGAGGUGGUGGUGGAGACGGAGUGUUAUUGCUUUGAUGGCAUUUUGGAGGCGGCGAGGGAUGAGUGGAAGAAUGAGGUUCAGGGGAAAAGGGUGGGGAGAGGGUCGAGGGUUGAGGAGCUUGAUAUCAGUUUGGAAACACGUCUGUUGAUUUCGCUCUCCAAAUUCCACCACCUCAAACAAACGUCCAUCCCUGCCAUCUCCUCAAAGGUUUCCAAACUCUUGGACGUCGAUAUGGCCAAAGAGCAAAGUCUGCUCUUGCAGGUGGUGGGUGGGAUGGACGAGCAGGUGCUGAAAAAGUAUAUUGGCGAGAGGGCCGAGGUGCAGGACAAGAUCGUGAGGGAAGCCGUACUGGAAGGGACUGAUUGGGUCAAUGUGGGCAAGCCUACUGAGAUCCGCCCUUAUAUGCACAAGAUCAUUCUGCUGCUAGUCGACACCCACGCGCAAGUCAGCAAUAUCGCCCCUGCCAGGCUGGCGCAAGUGUUGCAAGCGUUGGUGGAGAAUGUGACGCAGGUCGUCUUGGGCUGUUUCCAACGUAUACGGCAGUAUGGUCUUGGCGGUAUGCUUACUGCGACGGUCGAGAUUGAAUAUUUCCAUUCUGCCGUAUCUCUCUAUAUCACACCACAAGCCAACGGAACGCUUACAAAGAUAUACGAUACCAUCGGCUCGGUAUACGGGCGGCAGCAAAGCCCGGAUGAUUUGAAUAAAGAGCUGGAUGGGCUGAGGAGGCUGUUGGCGGCGAGUCGGAAGGCGAUGGGGAUGGAGACGCUUUGUUUGCGGGCGGUAAAAGAGGGAUGA